AUGUGUCUUUGUUACUACCUACAGGUGGUGGUGAGGAGGCACCAUGUGAGUAGGGUCCGAGGCCUGGAGACUCAACUGGUGUGGGCCAUCUCCAGGGAGACAGCCAGACUUAGUUCAGAGGGCAUCCCCUACUGUGCCACCAAGGUUCAGUCCGUCACUUGGAUCCUGUAUGUGGCUGGCAGGGUGACCCAGUAUGCUUCUCACCUCCGCCAUGAGACGUCUGUGGACAUGACCCUUGGCUGCUACCAGCAGACUGAUGUCUCGGUGGUGUAUGCCACUCUCCACAUGGGGCCGGAUGGGCUGCUCUCCUCCUCGGCGUGGUCGGAGGCUGCCUCCGUGUCUACGCCCACCAAUCAGCAGUUCACGGAGCCAGAGCCUGAGGGCCACAACUGCUAUGAGGGCUGGGAGGAGGACCUGCUGCCUGAGGAGAGGGAGGUUCCUCUGCUAAACCUCUACCUUACCACCAAGAGAGUGGAGGACAUCGCCCUGAGGCUCGUCUCCCUGCGCCAGGCCUUCACUGACGAGGCCGAAUUCAUCCGUGCCUAUAACGACUUUGUGGACUACCUGAGUGACCCCUCCAAGCAGAUUGACAUUGAGAGGGAGCUGGCUGAGGCAAAGAUCCAUCAUGUUAACCUGAUAGAUGUCCUCUUUGAACUGGUGCUAUUUGGGAUGAUGACAGCUCAGAAGUCCCUGAUGGUGCACCCUGGUGGGUUCAUGGAGCGUCUGUACGCUCUCCUGUACUCCUUCCUGCCCGUAGCUGCCAGCAUUGAGCCAAAGGCCGAGAGAUACCUGCUGCUGCUCAAUGAUUCUUGCGACACUUUGCCACCACACAGGGGUCUAGACACAAAUGCACUAUAUUACUUUGCACUGAAUUUUACAUUUCUAAAUAAAAUAACUAGUAGUUCAAAAGAUCACGUUGUCGUUGUAGAAGAGUCUAGAGAUGGGACUGAGCUUGGUGGGAGCGCAGCACGCUUUGGGAACCUCACCCGGCUUCAAAAGGUGAACCUGCCAUGA